GGGACGGAGGUGGGGGUGGAGGGAAGGAGCCAGACCAAGAGCAGGGUGGAGGAAAGGAGCCGGACCCAGGACCGAGAGCCGGGUAGAGGGAAGGAGCUGGACUGAGAGCGGGGUGGAGGGAAGGAGUCCACGCCCCGCUGGAAACUCCACUCCUGCAUUUGCUCCAGGCUGGGCGUCUGGUUUAGAGGAUAAAAUCGGAAACAGGCACGGACAGCAGGUUCAGCCAGGUAGGCUCUGGAGGCCCGGCCAGACACAGGCACCGUCCCAGCCCACCCUCUGAGUAGCCCCCCAGGCCCCAUCUCUCUCAAUUCUGGGUCCCCUUCCUCUCUCCCACCGAGUGGCCCAAACCAAAACCCCAGGGUCCUCCUGCCACCUCCAUAUAUCCCCCUCAGCUGGCUCCCCGCGUCCCUCACCUGCGCACUUGUGAUUGGCCCCUGGUGGGCAGCACGCGGUCAGCAAGGACCUGUGGCAGCGAGGGACGCACCCUCCUCACUAGGUAUGGGAGGGACUUACUGGCUGGGCCUAGGGUUGGCCCCAGCACGUCCCAGAUCCCUACACCGGCCUCCCCUCUGCACAUCUGGGCCCCUGGGAGAGAAGUCCAGCCCCAGAACCAACAGAGCUGCUGCAUUUGAGCCAAUGGCCCAGCAUGGGGUGGGAUGGGGUGAGGCUGGGGGGGCCCCAGAGCAGCCCAGACCCGGAAGGCCCCUCCCCACGCCAGCCACACCGCGUCCCGAGGCCUGGCAGUGCCGGGUCUGACCUGUAAUCCAGGGACCUGGAGGGGAAGGAGUCCCUGAGAGGGUGUGAGGAGACCGAAAGUGAAGGAGGUGAGGGGUCAGGCGCUCACGCCAGCAUGCAUGUCUCAAGCAUGCGCACGUGUGAUCACACACACGCCCACAGGCUCACCCAGCUGCCUGCCCACUGCCUGCGAUGGAGGGGACCAGGCGGGCCCACCCCAUGCCCUGGACACGGCCAGCCAAGCUGCUCCGCUGCCAUCCCGAACCCCCCGAGAGCCCAGCACCCCGACCCCGGCCUGGUCUGAGCUGGGAGGAGUGGAGCUGCUGGCUCCUCUCCUACACAGGGAGGCCUGGCCUGGCCCUGAGACCACACAUUCCUCCGGCCUUCCCUCACCUUUGCCGCCAGCACGAGUGUCAGCCGGGAGCCCAGAGUGACCUCAGUGCCCAGAUAUUCCCAGGAGCUGUCGGGAGGACGUUCCCAGAGCUGCAGGGGCCCGGGCGCUUCCUGGAGGCGGCAUGUGACCCGAGUCACGGCCCUCAGGAAGCAGGAGCCUCCAGCGAGCGCUUUCUGGGCUGGGCCUCACAGUGGCUCCCCACACGGAGUCCCCAUAGCCUCCGCCACCCUGGACCCCCUCACAGAGCUCCCAUCCCUCCCCCUCUGAACCCCCAGCCUCUCUCUGAACCCCCAUGCCUGAGAACCCCCAGCCCUCACCCCACUGUCUGAGCAUUCACCCCUCCCUGUCUGAGCUCCGACCCCCUGCUGAGCCCCCCAGCCCCCCACUGAGAGUCCUCAUGGAACUGGCAGGGGUCCCGCCCUUCCUGAGCCCAAGCCCCAUCCUCCUCCUCCACGGGGCAUUGCCCGGCCUCUGCAGUCCUGAUUCCCACUUCCCAGCAUCCCUUGGGCUCCAGGAUGCUCAUGGCAGCACUGGGGGAGCCUCUGGGUCCCCACUGAGGGGUCAGUGGGCACCUGCGGGGGAGUUGCCUGAGGGCAGCCUGUGGGGUGGCCUGGCCAGCUCUCCCACUAGGGUGGGCCCCUCAAUCCCAGCCCCACCCAGUGUGACACCCCCCAGGCUGAUGUGUGGGGUCCCAGCUCAGGUCCAGCCCAGGCCUCACGGCGGGGAUGGGGCUGUGGCACCCGGGUCAGACCUGCCCUUGCAUGAGGUUCACUGGGCUGGGGGAGAGACACCUCAGUGAGGUGGGGAGCCAGCAGCUGGACAGCCUGGGGGUGCAGCUCUAUACCAGGCCCUCGGGCAAGCAGCAGAGUGUGCGGGGGGUGGGGGCAGCCCAUGCCACUGGCUGCUCCUCUGGGCCUCUCACACUCUCCAUCCCAGCCCCCCGGCUCUCAUCAGCUCCAGCCCUGGUCUUUGCACAGACCAGUUCUGUAGUCUGCUGGGGCAUGUGGACACGGCAUGUGUGUGAAUGUGUGGACAUGGCAUGUGAGAGCAUCUGGACAUGGCAUGUGAGAGCGUGUGGACACGGAACGUGUGAGAGCAUGUGAACACGGCAUGUGUGAGAGCGUGUGGACACGGCAUGUGUGAGCAUCUGAACAUGGCAUGUGAAUGUGGACAGCACAUGUGAGAACGCGUGGACACAGCAUGUGAGCGUCUGGACACGGCACAAGUGUGAGCGCGUGGACACGGCACGUGUGUGACAGCAUGUGGACAUGGCGUGUGUGAGUGUGGACACAGCAACUGUGAGAGCGUGUAGACGCAUGAGAGCGUGUGGACAUGGCAUGUGUGAUUGGACACAGCAUGAGAGCGUGUGGACAUGGCAUGUGUGAUUGGACACAGCAUGAGAGCGUGUGGACACGGGAUGAGGUGUGUGGACACGAGGGGCAUGUGUGUGACAGCGUGUGGACACAGCCCAUGUGUGAGAACAGCUACAUUUGUGUGUGGGUGAGGCAGGUGAGCACAUGGGUGGGUGUGGGCAGGGAAGUGGCAGGAAUGGGCUGUGAGGUCAGGCAGCCAUGAGCAAAGGGCAGGGGCAGGCUGGGCAUAGGUUGUGGGGGGCUCAGGGGAGGGCCCCUGCUGGGAGCCCACCCAGGAGCUCGGGGGCCACAGGGACCUGGAACCCGGCGGAGCAGCUUCCAGCGGUUGCUUCAGCCUCCUGGGGCUACAGGGAGACAGGGCUUGGUCCACGCACACACCCCAGCCCAGACCCGCCCAGACAGCAGCGAGUGUGCUGACCCCCACCUGGCUCCGACCCUCACCCCACUCCCUGCCCUCCAGCUGCCUGGCCUGCCAAGGAGAGGAGGAAGCCAGCCAAUCCCUGAGGCUUGUGGCCACACCCUGGGCCAGCACGACCCAUAGGGUAUAAAUAGACCUGCUUGGGCGCCCACACCCGGCAACUCACACCUGCCUCAGACCAGAGCUCUGCGCGGGCGAGGGCCCACACAUUCCCUGUGUCCCCACCUGUCUUGGACGGAGCAGAAGCCACACCUGCCAGACCAGUGCCACCGGGACAGCUACUGGUGAUUGGCCCCGGGAGGGAUACCUGCCAGGUGAAGCACAGGCCAGGCUGGGCCCGGAGACGAGGAAGGAAACUCUGCCAGGGCAGGGCAGCCCAGGGCCUUGGAGCCCAACCGUGGCCAGUGAGGAGGACCAUGCCCAGGACCCGCUGACCCCCGGCCACCAGCUCCGAGACAUGUCGUCAGGCCAGCAGGUGUGGCACACGGCCGUGCCCCCCCAUCACCGGAGCAGCUCCACAGCCUCGAUGCCCAGGUCCCCCAGCUCGGCUGGCAGCCCCAGGUCCCCUGGCACCCCUGGCUCGGAGAAGGUGGCCUCCCCCCUGGAGUGCUCCAUCUGCUUCUCAGGCUAUGACAACAUCUUCAAGACGCCCAAGGAGCUCUCCUGCACCCACGUCUUCUGCCUGGAGUGCCUGGCCCGGCUGGCGGCUGCUCAGCCUGUGGGCCGCCCUGGCGGUGAGGCUGUACCUUGCCCCUUCUGCAGGCAGCCCACGACCGUGCCGCCUGCCGGAGCCCCCGCACUGCGCACCAGCCGCCAGUUGCAGGCCCGGAUGCCAGCGCAUUUGCGGCGCGAGGAACCCGUGUGGCUGGAGGGCACCAAGCUGUGCUGCCAACCACUGCCCACCACACCUGGCCACAAGCCCAGCUUUGUAUGUGUGGAUGUGGGUUUGAGCAAGCCUGCCGAGCCGCCUGCACCCGCCCAGGACCCUGCCCCCCGCCGGGGCCGCCUGGCCCGCUGCUGGAUGCGCUGCAGGGACUGGAGGCGCAUGGCACUGGUCUGUGCCCUGCUGCUGGUGCUCUUCUGCGUGGCACUUUGGCCGGUGCAGUGCGCGCUCAAGACUGGGAACCUACGCUGCCUGCCGCUGCCCCCCAGGCCCCCGGCCACCACCACAGUCGCCUCCCCCCGCAGGCCUCUGACUGACAGCUAGGGCCACCAGCCUUUGCACAGGUCAGCUGCCCUCACCCAGCUCCAUGGGUGGGUCCCCCACUGGUGGGCUCAAGGGCGCAGCAGCCACUGGAAAUCAAUCCCCGAGGAUGCAAAAGGAGCCUGGCGUCUCUGAAGACUCCUUCUGGGCCCCACCAAGACCAGGCUCCAUUUAGCUUGUCCACCCCUCACUCUCCAGGCUGGGCCCUGAUGGGGUGGACAAGAGGGUCCCCAAAGCCUCCGGGAACCACAGGCUCACUGGGCGCAGUGGCUCAUGCCUGUCAUCCCAGCACUUUGGGAGGCUGAGGCAGGAGGAUCACUUGAGGUCGGGAGUUCGACACCAGCCUGGCCAACGUGCUGAAACCCUGUCUCUACUGAAAAUACAAAAAUUAGCUGGGCAUUGUGGCAGGUGUCUCUUAGUUACUUGGGAGGCUGAGGCAGGAGAAUUGCUUGAACCCAGGAGGUGGAGAUUGUAGUGAGCCAAGAUUGCACCACUGCAUCCAGCCUGGGUGAAACAGCGGGACCCUGUCUUAAAUUGAAAAAAAACAAAAACAAAAACCAGGCUCCUACAGGAAGCGCCCAGGAGAGAAGCUGGUCAGCACUCCUGCCACCCACACACAGUGUGAAUUGCCUGCCAGGGAAGCCCCUUGCCAAGAAGGAAGGGGCCUUGCCAUGCUUCGACCCAUGCCGACAUGGCCGCCUCAGGGCUGGCCCCACCGUUGGGUGGGGAUGCCAGUCUUGCCCUCUGACUGUGGGGAGAGUGUGGAGGCAGGGCAGCCCCCCAGUGCAAGGUAACCACAGAAACUUCCAGCUGCCCUUGUACAUUUUAAAAUAAAUUAUUUGUAUCCAUCUUUGGUAA